UUGACAUUGUUGUACCACCUGUAUUUUACCCAGCCUCUAUUUGUACUAAACUUUUACUUCAUCAUGUAACUCAUCAGAACUUCUUUACAUCACCGGUACCUGUUGAAAGCCAGCAUAUGCAAAAUCAUGUCUUGGAGGGACGCAGUCACGACGCGAAAAGGACCCAGUGCCAUUGAUGUUUCUCAAGUGUCACCUGAUCAUCUUCAGAACUAGGUGAAGAUGAAAGUCACAAAAUGAAUGGUGGCGAGGCUUUGUAAAAUGCAAAUGAACUUCAACUUCUUCGGAUGCAAUAACUUCAGAAGAUGCAUUUUUAUCCAGCAUCGACGAAGGGAAGAUCUUAACGAUAUUCACUCGCCUAGCUGUAGCCCUCUCUGAACAAACCGCUUCUGUCUUCAACUUCAUAUGGAUUCCACUUUUGCCGGGUGGUUCGACAUUUUCAAUGUCAAAGCUUCCGUCUCGUGUUUCCACAUUUCGUUUCUUCCAAAAAGUACGAAGAGAAAAUCACUGAAACAGCUUUUAGAAUUGAUAUAUGGCACCGAGACGUUGGUACAUACUGGUUAGCGUAGCGGCCGAACGAGGAAAAGAAGGAGCUCCAAAUUGAAAAGCGAGCCUCUACUGAUUACACUUUCCUUUGAUAGUUUGACAACUUCUUCUACUACGGCACAGCCUCUUCACCUUUACUCACGCUCUGUGUUAUAUAGUGGCCCCCUCGGGAGGAAGAACGGCCGCAGAGGGAACUACGCCCGGCUCUAUGUACAACUUCUGUUUGUUAUUUCGAUACGUAUAGAGUGACGACCUGCACCUAAAAUGGUGCAGUCAAAAAAAUGAACAACUCAGAAGCUGAUAAACUGGACCACGAUAGGGUGUAACUAUAAAUACGUAUCACCACGACCGGCGCCGGACAUGCCUUGCUUGUUUUGCAUGGAUUCAACGAACGAAGUAGACUUCAUGUAAGUUGAUUGCGCCAGCAGGUUAAGAUAAAGUUGGG